AUGGCUCGCCCGCUGGCCCCGGGCUCGCUGGUCGUGCCCUCCUGGCACCGGACUGCCGAGGGCAAGGACCACGUGUCGGCCCUGCUGAGACGGGCCCGGCGGCGCCUCUUCGGGCUGAUCGAGCGUCCCGUGCUGCCUCCGCAAGCAGCUGCAGACACCGCCAGCUACAAGAUCUACGUGUCCGGAAAGAGCGGGGUGGGCAAGACGGCCCUGGUAGCCAAGCUGGCCGGGCUUGAAGUCCCCGUAGCCCACCAUGAGACCCCGGGGAUCCAGAUGACAGUAGUGUACUGGCCAGCGAAGCUGCAGGACAGUAACCGGGUUCUCAUCUUCCGCUUUGAGUUCUGGGACUGCGGGGAGGCGGCCCUCAAGAAGUUUGAUCACAUCCUGCCUGCCUGCAAAGAGAGAGCAGAUGCUUUCUUCUUCCUCUUCUCCUUCACCGACCGCUCUUCGUUCGAGGAUCUCCCCAACCAGAUUGCCCGAGUGGCCGAGGACGCCCCCAGAGCCGUCAAGAUGGUGAUUGGCUCCAAAUUUGACCAAUACAUGCACACGGACGUGCCCGAACGGGACCUGACAGCCUUCCGCCAGGCCUGGGGGCUGCCCCUGCUGCGGGUGAAGAGCGUCCCGGGGCGACGGCUAGCCGACGGACGCACCCUGGACGGCUGGGCCGGGGUGGCCGACGUGGCUCCCGUCCUCAACAGCCUGGCGGAGCAUCUCUGGCACCAGGACCGGGUCUCCGCCGGGCUGGUCCCCGGCCCCCGGGAGGGUCACCCCGAUUGAGAAAGGAGGGUGUACCCCCCUUUCUGACCUCAAAUGGGCCAGUAGGGGGCGCUCCAGCCUCGCUGAGCAGGCUGGCAGAGGGAGGCCUAAUAAU